CGAGAGAGAGAGAGAGAGAGAGAGAGAGAGAGAGAGAGAGAGAGAGAGAGAGAGAGAGAGAGAGUCUACUUCGUGAAAGGACUGUGCCAUGGCGAGUCAUGGGGCGUCUAUCGGGAUUGAUCUUGGAACGUCCUUCUCCUGCGUCGGCGUGAGACGACGGGGCAGAGUCGAGAUCAUCCCGUUCGAAACGGGAUCGCGAUUAAUGCCCUCGUUCGUGGGAUUCACCGAAAACGGGCGAGAGAUAGGCGAGGCAGCGAAGUUAUGUUCCGUUGAAGAGCCGGAGAGCGUGUUCUACGAGGUCAAGCGAUUGGUGGGUCGCAAGUUCAAGGACGAUCACGUUCAGCAGGAUCUGAAGAAAUGGCCGUUCAAGGUGGUGCAGGGAGAGAACGAGUUGGCUGCUUUACAAGCCGGCGAUAGUGCGUUGGGAGAAGCGAGGCACAAGAAAUUUGCACCAGAGGAGAUCUCGGCCAUGCUACUGUCGAAGAUGAAGGAGACAGCCGAAGAUUACCUUGGGUGCGAGGUGAAGAACGCGGUGAUCACCGUCCCGGCGUACUUCAACGACUUGCAGCGUCGAGCUACAAAGGACGCGGGGCGAAUUGCUGGAUUGCACGUUUUGCGGCUGCUGAACGAGCCGACUGCAGCGGCAUAUGCAUACAUGGAUUACAAUAUGAUUCAAGGGCGGGAAGAGGGGAGCCACGUGGCGUCCCAGGCGAUUGUCCCUCGGGGUCCGGGCACUCUACCGGCCAGUGGUGGGGAGAACGUCCUGGUGUUUGAUCUUGGAGGAGGGACAUUUGAUGUCGCCAUUCUGCGCGUGACCGGGUCAAAGAGUAAGGUCUUGGUGCUGAAUGGCGACACUCACCUCGGUGGAGCGGAUUUUGACAACAACCUUGUGCAGCACGUCUUCAAUCAGCUGGCCACGAGGCAGCCCGGCAGAACCGUCUCAUUGCAGUCAGAUGGGAGAUUUCUCAGCAAGCUGAAGAAAGCGUGCGUCCUCGCGAAGCGCGUUUUAAGUGAUAAUCCGAUCGCUUACGUGGACGCUGCCAACGAGCGCGUCGUAAUAACUCGGGCCGCUUUCGACCAGAUCAAUGGGGUUCUGUUCCAAAGGUGCAUGGACAUCGUGCAGAAAGCUUUGGACGAUGCCAAGCUCAGCGUCUCCCAGAUCUCGAACGUCCUGCUCGUCGGAGGAUCUUCUAGGAUUCCCAAGAUCAAGGCCAUGUUGAAGACUAUGUUCAACGGCAAGCAGCCGCAGCAGUGUCUGCAUCCGGACGAGGCCGUCGCUCACGGGGCAGCCGUGCUGGCAGAUAUCUUGGGGGGAGACAAGUGUGUGGACAGGAGUAGCCUCCCCGUACAGGAGGUUACCCCGUUGAGUCUUGGAGUGGGCCUUCAUCUAGGUCGGAUAUUGGUGAUGAUUCCGAGGAAUAGUGACGUCCCUUGUGAACACACUGAGCAGUUGGUCAGUGUUUAUGAUGGGCAAACUGCAAUACUUUUCCGUGUUUACGAAGGGGAGCGUCCAGUCCAGGAAGACAAUCACUAUCUCGGGGAAAUCACACUAAGGGGGUUCAAACCGGUGGCGGCUGGCGAAGCGGCGGCGGACGUUCAUCUGUGCAUAGAUGAAGAUUGUAUCGUUCACAUCUCCGCGACAGGAGUAAAAAAUCAUACGGAGCUGGGAAAGAGGGAAAGCGCGGUGAUUACCAACAAAGGUCCUCUGUCUGAGUCGGCUAUUCAGAGCAUGAUAGCGGACGCGGAAAAGUACAAGCGAGACGACAAGGAAUUUCUGCGAUGCUGCGAUGUGUGGAACCAACUUGAAGGGCGAGCACGGCAGGCGAGGAAGGAUAUCUCUACAGUGGGCUAUGCAUUUAGAGAGCCGUUGGAAUCCCUUAUCAAUGAAAUCCUCAACGAUCAUCAGGCGACGUCAGCCUCUGCCGUGCGACGUGGCAUGGGGUACGUUCAGCAGAAAAGAAGGGAGCUCGACGUUGCAUGCAACAACGCCGGGAUAUGACAUGCAGCAACGUCUGAACAUAGCCGUUGUUUGCUACGCUGACUGUCACGAAGUCUCCGUUUUUGUUGUCAUUCUAUCAUCCUCUGAUCCCGUUUCAGUC